AUGCCCGGUAUCUUGCCCAUGAAAGUGAUCAAGGUCGGUGGCACCGGCACUCAAAGCCGGAUCGCCCAGGCCUGUGAUCGUUGCAGAAGUAAAAAGAUUCGUUGUGAUGGCGUCCGACCAUGCUGUACCCAAUGCGCCAAUGUUGGGUUCGAGUGCAAAACGAGUGAUAAACUGAGCCGCCGCGCGUUCCCCCGUGGCUAUACUGAGUCCUUGGAGGAACGUGUACGAUCUCUGGAAACAGAAGUCAAAGAUCUGAAGGAUUUACUGGACGAAAAGGAUGAGAAGAUCGACGUUCUCUCACGGAUACACUCGUUUUCGUCGCCUUCCCAACGCGCCAUGUCCUCACGGUCUCCAUCUGCGCCUACUUGCAGAACGACCAAAUCUCCUGGCUUGGAUGCGGGAGAGGGAGUUGUUCAUGUCGAGCGAUCACAUAUUCAGAAAUCAUCCGAUAACCCCUAUACAGCCCUCUCGAGCACUCAAGGGUUUGCCGGUGUUUUUACCGAUAAGCUUGUCAGUCAGGGGAAGUCAGUGUCGAGAAUCCCCACCAAAGUAUUGACCAAAUUGUCUGCCCCUGUGGCCCGCGGAUCUCCCAACCAAGUCGUGAAGACACCUCCACGGCUGGUGUCGGACCAGCUCAUCAAUAUUUUCUUCCAAGAAUGGGCUCCGCUGUACCCCGUGGUGCAUCGCCCAACCAUUUUGAAAGCUUACGAACAAUUCUUAAACAACACCGAUUCUUUGAAAAAUGAUGUUCAUGCAAUGGCACAGUUGAAUUUGAUCUUCGGGAUCGCUGCUUUGUCUUCAAAUUCGAGGACCAACCAGGACCCCACCUUCUUCGAGGAGAACUGGACCGCUGCUCUCGAUUCAUUCGUAAGCGAUACUUCUGUCGCAAGUCUGCAGUGCUUUGUUCUGGCCCAGGUCUACUGCAUGACCAAAGCCGAUUACCGCAGCUUGCUUCGCUAUCGCGCUCUUGGUGUGGAUAUUUGCCAUCAAAUGGAUCUUCACCAGAACCGGGAGGACACUUCCUCCAACCCGUUAGAGGGAGAAACUCGCAGGAAGGUCUUCUGGUGCCAAUACAUACUGGACCGAUUCUCUUCUGCCUUGACUGGAAUGCCUACUCUUUUACGUGAGGAUGACAUUCAGACUGAGUAUCCCGUUGAUGUGGACGACGAAAAUGUCACCGAGACCGGUUUCUUGCCCACUCUCCCUGGUGAAUCCACUCGCAUCUCCAGUGCUCUUGCCCUAUUCUCCGUCUCGAGAAUUCUGAACAAGGUUUUGGAUGACUUGUUCCCUUCAAAGUCAAAUUACGACGUCUAUGUUUCGAAGAUGCAUACAUUGGCAGGGCAGCUGGAUGACUGGCUGUCAUCAUUGGCCCCGCAUCUUCGUCUUGAGUUCUCUCAGGACAAGCCCAGUACAAAUGUUACAAGCAGCCGGUCACCACUUUUAUCUCUUGUUUAUUACUUCAUUCGGUCUCUAAUUCAUCGCCCCGCCGUAUGCUUUGCUGAAGAACAUCUUCGCUCUCCAUCCGUUCUCGCGCUCUCUGAUUCCUCAAAGCACAUUGUGCAGAUUCUCGAGCUAUUGGAUGAACGACGACUAUGCCUUUCCUUCAGCAUCAACCGAAAGGAGUUGGUCUUCUUCUCUGGUCUGGGACUCUUGUGGCAAGCCUGGGGUCUGAAGCGGGGCAGUAAGCUAGCUCAGGAGAGUCAGAAGCUUCUUUCUACUGUCAAGGAGCAGCUUGGGCAAAGUUCCUCGACGGCAGCGGCUGAAUUUGGAAUCUUGGCCGGUACCCUAGUUUCACUGGACAACCUGAAUCGGGGAGCCAUCACCGGCACCGAGUCACAGGUAAUGAUGGCCCCAACCCACAAGCCUGCUUCGUCUCCCAAGAAACACCUGCAGUCUUUGAAGUCUCGCCUCACCGGGGCUUUCGGGGAUCAAUCACCCAAGCAAGCUUCUUCACCUUCCCGCCGUAACACCAUUUCCGGUGGCACUCCUCCAACUGCUCAGUCACUUCGGUCUCCAAGCUGGACGAGUCUUCCUUCAUCGCAGCCCGACCAAUUUUCAGCCCCCCAAUAUCAUGCCGCCCGUGGACAUUCAUCGCUGGACCUUGCUUCAAACCCCCGGAUGAUGUCCUCAUCCAUGGGAUAUGAUUAUGCACGAGCCAUGUCAACCUCUACCCCAUCGGAAAACCAAUCUGGGCCCAUCACGAUGGCUGACUGGGAGUACGUCCUGAGCGACAUGGACCGAGGAUAUUCGAACAUCUUCACGGGCAUCUACGGUGGAAAGGAGUGCGGCGAGGACCCCGGUCCAUUUGCCUCUAUCACGGCCGAGUACAAUCGCGAUCACAAGCCGCUCAAUGAUGCUUCACAUGUGGUACCAGCCCCUCCUGACAUGAACGAUUUGUCACCCGAGGCUUGGUCCGCGAGCAGUGGGGAAUUUGCCACAAUACAGGAGCCCACACAGAGUGUUCUUAGCUAUUCUGGCGAGAGCAUGGGCAGUGCAGACGAUAAUAUGCAUCCGUUCCCGGACCUCUCGGUCCGUCCGGACGAUAUGAACUUUAUCGACCCAUUCCACGCCAUGACAAUGCCUCUCAAGGAAGACAAUGAUGAGUUUGGUUUGGUUCACGGCUGGGACCGACGGCUGGCCGUCUGA